UACGGCAACUCUCCUCGAAUUUUUGUGACCAAAACAGAAAUAAGAGCAGUCAAAGCAGAAUACUCAAUAUUUUUUUAAAAUCACGUUUAUUAAAUAAAUAACAAUAGUACAACGACAUUUACCCACCUGGCCUUAAACGCUAUCUGUCCAUAAUAUUCCAUAACAUAAAUUGUAAAAAUGUUCCUCUUCGUAACCAUCGCAAUACUGUGCCUAUUGUUGACCAUUGUAGGCGACUUGGUUAAACUGUUACAAUUGUCGAAAAUUUUCCGAUGCGUUUCUGGUUCUGCCUCCAGUGAUGAGCUGCACCAGCAGCUAAAAGAAGCACGUGAAAAGGUAGAACGUAUACGCCAAGGGUCGACUGAAACAAGCCACUACACCUAUACCGUAAAAUUAAUGCGUGCCGAAAAUGAAUUGAAAACUAUACAAUCCAAAUUGCGCACGGAAGGCAAUAUGCAGCGUUUGAAAGGUGCCUCCGUCGAACUUGUAGUAGGCUACCUUCUAAAAAGUAUCAUUUCAUUGGCACUCUUCAUUAUCACUGUACGCAAUCGUUAUGCACCGGUUAUAGUAUUUAGUGAGAAUAUAAGCUUUGAACCUCUCGGCGGACUAUUGAGUUUCCCAACAGGCGUUCCAAAUGCAAUAUCUGUGCCGUUUUGGGCAUUAUCCUGCAAUAGCGCAUUCCGAUUGAUUCUCAACGCGCUCAAGGGAAAGUGAUUGUAUUGGUUAUGGCAAUAUCAUUGGCAUCUGUUUCGGUAGCAGUGUAUUAGGGAAUAACACAAGCUUAUUUAUAUGUAUGUGUAUGACUAGAAAUUAUUUUAGCUUUAUUGUGGAACAAAGAAGACCAUUGUACUUUUACCCCAACAUAAACGGAACGCGGAGAUCUGAACUGCCAUACAAAUAUUGCAUUUCAUACGUUUUCAUUAAUUUAAAUGGUACAUAUAUUUUUAUUUAUUGUGAAAUAGUUUGCAGUCCAUUAGAAAAUAUUUUUAUCAAAUAAAAUACAAUAAACUGAUAUAAAGUUUUCUAA